AUGCUCAUCUGCCCCAAGGACCUAUUGUCCUCCGAUUCAAUGACCCGAUCGAGAAAACGGUCACCUUCCACGGGAUCGCUCACUAAGAAUGAAAACAAAAAACCCAAAGUCCUCGAUCCCUUCGAGUGUGGAGAGACAUUUGCUAACGACAGUGAUGAUAUAUAUUGUAGUUGUGAGAGCGAAAGCGAUAGUAACGCAGAAUUUCUGAUUCCUUUCGCUCAAACCACGGAAAUAGAUCACUCUAUGGCGGCCAAUCCGGCGGAGGAGGCGGAGCUGCUGAACUCUAAGCGGGUCGUUACUAACUUUUUUAUUCGCUACUCCUACACUAGUUAUAUCAAAGUUUUAAAGCUAGAUAACUUCCUAAGGAUGUCUUUCAAAGACUUACUAGCUUUUAUUCCGGAUGAAACUCCUGGGGACUACACAUGGCAAAGUAUGUCGGAUAUCUGUAUCAGUCUGACUACAGAUGAUGGUGUACUAUUCACCGACGCCCUACCUUUUAACUCGCUCACCAGCAGCUUAGCUCCUUAG